CACUUCGUGGCUGUGCCAAGCUCGAGUAAGCUGACGUCGUGUCGUCGUUUUGAGAUAUUUUCACAUUUCACAGUGAAAGUCGCAAGGCUGUUUCACAACCGUUAAAGAAUAGAUGUUCUCUUCUCACGCGCAAGUUCAUAAAAAAAAUUAUGACCAACAAUAAUUAUCGUGAACCAAACACAAAAAAGAGAGGACGACCUGCAAGCAAACUUUCUGUCAGGUUAUUUCUGCUUGAUCCAGACACCGUGAUCACUAAAGUGACCAAAGACACUUGUUCAAAGACUGGGAUAGAAGCCUUGAUGCAAAGAGGAUAUGGACCACCUCCAAAAGAACAUUGUAUAAAAGAUGACAAGGUGGAAUUUACCCUCGACUUGACUAAUGAACAGUUUAAACAGAAAUUGAUUGAAAUUUAUCCCAAAUUGGAAAAUGCCUUUUUUGUGUUCAUGAAAGCGGACAAAACCAACACAUUGGAAGAACUGAAUCCAGGAUUGUGCUGUUUCAGAUGCUACACUCCAGAAAAUGUUUACAACAGUGAACGUGGACAAGGAAGGCUUUAUUUGAAAAUUAUUGCUGAGAACGAGAUAUCCCCCUGUACCCAUGGAAUAUCUCGCACAAAAAGACUGCGUGGUAUGGUUGGUGGUGACCAGCAAUUUUAUAUACCAAUCUUACCAAAACCUGCGUCAACCCUCAUUACAGUUGACGUCGUUACCUCAGCUGUUACCAUGCCAACUGGUCAAACCGAAUCAAGCCAAUCUGGUAGCACAUCAACACAAAGUCAAUUAUCUUCGUCCACCAUUACUUCCACCAUUACUUUGUCAACUGUAACGCCACUGGAUAACAACAGUUCGGUGAACGUCACAACGUUUGAUCCACCAUUAUCUGUUGUUUCUGCCACAACACCUGGACUUCCAAGUUGCCAAAGUCGUUUAUCAACAUCAAAUAUCUCACAGUCCGAAUCAAACCAACCCGUCAACAGUGACCAGUUAACACGAAGGCCAAUAUCCAUGUCGAUUGUUCCGCAGGUUGGUCUUGCACCUACACCGCAAAAUCAAGGUAGCAUUCUGGUGCAGAGGCCAUUACAAACACCACUUACAGUUUCUUCCAUCACAUUAACACCAUUCCUGCAAAAUUCUGUUAAUAUUGCAUCACAAAGCCAAUUUUUAUCGCCGUCUGUUAUUUCCGGGCCAAGUCAGCCAGCUCAAGAUUCUAAUGUUUUAGCCCAAAGACAGUUAGCAAUAUCAACUGCUUUCAUUACUGGAAAUACGGCAAUACCAGCAAUUCAAAAUCCUGGUAAUUUUGUAAAUCCGGGCCAGUUAGAAUCUCUUGGUUCUGGGUCAAUGACACCGCAAGGGCAGUUUUCAAGAUCAACUGGAGUUCAUAACGUAAAUUUUUUGCAAGCUAUGCCGGGCACAAAUUCUUUUAACAAAACCGUUCGUGAGCAAGAUCUCGAUUCUCCAUGGAGAACGCCUGGGGAAGCAAUGUUGCUUGCUUCACAGAAUCCUGUCUUAACUUUGUCUGCUCUCCCUCCACUUAUAUCAUUGGAAUCUCGCGAUUUAAAUAUAUUGGUGGAUGCAGCGAUGCAGCAAGAACAAAAUGCGAAAUCCCCAUUCAGUAGUGUUAAUAGUUCAAACGUGCAGGGACACGUCAACCAACCAGAAGCAAACGAAUUACGAAUUCAGAAGUUUCUUGAAAAUGUUGAAUCAACUAAGAAACUCACGAUAUCGUUGGCAGUUCUGGAUGAUGAUCUCCUCUUGAAGAGAUUGAAAGAAUCCACACUUGAAAUUCACACGAUAGAAAUUCACUCCAGGUGUGAGGUACACAAAGUUCUGAGUGUUUAUUCUUUGCCCUCUUGUCUAAAGAUUCUUCGUAUUAUUAAUAAUAUCUUAGAUUAUGAGGAUAUUUUUGCGCUAGUCAGAUGCUUUCGUAGCGAGAAUAAUUUACAGGAAUUAGAUUUAUCUCGUACCAAGUUUGAGGAGAAUAAUUUCUAUAGUUUUAUUAACGUACUUAUCAAAUGUAAUGAUUUAACAAGUUUGAUUUUAACUGAUAAUUUCUUAACUAAACAUGAAAAUUCCAGUCUGAUGGAGUCAUUGAAGUGCAUGACAAGUCUUAAAAAUUUAAACUUAUCUAAAAAUAACCUAAGCGUAUUCGAGAUACACGGACAGUUUGAUAACAUUAUUUCUUUAGACUUAUCGCACAGCGCACUCCAGGGAAACACAUGCAUCAUUGAGAUCUGUAAACUGCAAUCACUCGAGGAAAUAAACCUCUCUGACAACCACAUUAGAUUUUUUCCUUUGCCUAAUUUCGACACACAACUCGACAAGCUACCAAAUAAAAUGGAAACAAUAUCGUUAUCUUUCAAUUACAUGUCACCCGAUGACAUCAGCCAAUUUUGUUUUUUAAUUAAGUCAAAUCUGACGAAACUUAACUUAGAUUCCAAUCACAUUGGCAACUCAAUUUGGUUCUUGUGUGCAUUAGGUCCAAGAAUUAAGCAUUUGAAAGUGUUAAGCUUAGCUAAUACUGACGUGUGUAUUGCUGUGGAUGGUUUGGCAGCUCUACUUUCUUUGGUGCAAGAGCUGGAAGAACUCAAUUUAUCGUCCAAUAAUCUUGUGUUGGACGAUUUUCGUCAACUCCAAUCACCAUUAUCAAACUUAACGCUGUUAAAGAAGUUGAAUUUAAGCAACAAUCCUGAAGGAGCUUCAGAUCUUUUACAAGAUAUCCUGUCUUCGUUCAAAAAUCUUCAGGAGUUGAGGCUAAGUAACACACAUAUGUAUGGUUCAGAUUUCUGGAAAAUCUCAAACUCACUUGCAUCCUUGAGAGAUCUUAAAUAUCUUGAUUUAAGCAUGAAUGCUAUUGAUUCAGAUGGGACAAGAGCACUUGCGAACUUGUUGAAGAGAUUUCUCUUGUUGGAGGGGUUAGACCUGAGCGAAUCGUCCAUGACGGGAAGUGAUACAAAUGUGUUGUUGGAUAGUUUUGCUUCGCUAAAAGAGUUGAAAUAUUUGAAUUUGUCUGGCAAUCAGGUUGAUGCAAAUGCCUUUGAUAACUCUCUGUUAUUUCCUCCGUCGUUGGAAGAGCUUAUUAUCAGUAAUGUCAUUCAUAGCGAAAAGCUCUUUGUUAAAAUGUCAUCGCUUAAGAAUCUUAGAAAACUUCACCUUAUUGACAUGAGAUUAAGAGCGUGUGAUGUCGAGGCACUAGCCGCAAUGUUGUCGUCUUUUUCGAUGUUGGAAGAGAUAUCUUUAGCUGGUACAGUUGAUGACUCGAACAUUGAAGAAAUCUUUAGUGCUAUAAAGUGUUUACACAAUAUUAAAGUUAUUGACCUCAGUGGCAUAAAAGUACCUGAUGUAGAUGCAUUAGUUGACAUGCUUUCGUCUCUUUUGUCCUUGGAAGAGCUAGUUUUGGUUGGAAUGUGUAUUAAUGACAACAUCGACCAAAAAAAAUUCAUUGACGCGUUAAUCUGGUUGAAAUCCUCAAGAAUUCUCAAUCUUCAUUGGACUAAAAAAUUCAGAAAUCGGAAAACACCGCCUUGGCCACGUAUUUUUUUGGAAGAUGUUGAAGUUACAAAACAACUGUGUUCUGGGUUGAGGAAAAUUAGAUAUUUAAAGGAACUUAGCUUAAAAGUUAAGGAAAACCCAGAGCAUUUAAACGAUUUAGGUGAAGUGUUACCAUCACUACCGUUGCUAGAAAAGUUUGUGUUGGAAUGUAAAUUUAGAGAAAUAUGUCUUAAUCACGGGAUCGAAAAAUUGUUUCUAGCGUUAGGAGGUUUGAUAUAUUUGCGAGAUCUCGAGCUUCAUUUAAAGAACUGCAAUGGCAAAAAUGCUAGAAGUAUUUUGAAUGCUUUACCUCGGGCGUUAUCAACACUGCAGUUAUUGGAAAAACUAAUAUUUAAUCUGUGGUGUUACGAGAAUACGUUUCGUUGUAGUACAAGUGAAAUACUGUUCAUAACCGCGUUAAGAAAGUUGAAAAGUUUAAGGGAACUUGGAUUAACUGGUAUUAGUGGAAAAGCCAUAGAUGAGCUCUUAACGUCACUGCCGUUGUUGGAGCGUUUAUUUCUCACGUUUAGUUAUGAUAGUGAAUAUGACGAACAAUGUAUUCAUUCUUUAGUAAAAUUAAUAUUUUUAAAACAUCUUUUUAUAUAUGACGAUUUUUUUUGCCAGGCCACCAGAGAUGUCUUAGUUGAGGUCUUACCGUCACUGAGGUUGUUGGAGACGCUAAUCUUAGACCCGGAAGAAUACGAUGCAGAGACAUCGUCACUCUCACUGGGGGAUUUGAAAUAUUUAAGGAAACUUGAUUUACAAGGUUUUGAUAUAAAUGAACAAACUUUAUUUAAUGGCUCGCGAUCAUUCUACUUGUUGGAAAAGCUAAAAAUGUCUUUGUGUUAUGAAUUAAGGGAAGCGGUGGAACAGCAGCGAUCUCAAUAUUUAGGAAAAUUUAGACAUUUAAAAGAGUUGACUCUAAAUGACAUAAAAGGUUUUUUUGAUUGCUUUUCGUCACUGCAGUUAUUACAGAAGAUUAAGUUGAGAAUUGAGUUUGAUGAUGACAGUUUAAAGCAGCUGUUUGCAACAUUAGUUAAAUUGAGAUCCCUAAGGAAACUUUCUUUAGACUACGAUUAUUCGCUUGGUGCUACCCAAUCAAUUGUGAUAGACCCUCUAGCUGAGGGGUUGACAGCAAUGAAAUUUUUGGAAAAGCUGUCGUUAAAAGGAUUUAAUUUUACCGAAGUCAAAGGAGAGCAACAAUUAAUCACUGCAAUAGGAUCGUUGAUUUUUUUGAAAAAACUUGAUUUACGUCAUACUAGAAUUACCGAGGUCGGUGCAGAAAGUUUAACUGUUGUGCUGCCAAAUUUAUACAACUUAAGACGUUUUACGUUACCACGUUUAGAAGGUGAUGACCGAGACUCCACAAAACUUAAGGAGGCACUACGCCGCGUCCCUGUUUCGCUGCAAUUAUAUUGUUAAACACAUGAAAAAGUUGGUGAGGAGGCUUUUUGAUAUUAUAUUUCAUUAUUGCGCAGUCAUGCAUAUAUAGUGAUAAAGGUUCCGAAAUAUAUAUUUCAGGCUCACUUUUAAUAAAAAGCCAAAAUCACUCGUAGAAAAUAAACACUGACAAUAUUUCCAAGCACUGCAACACUUACCAGUAAUAAUCAAUUGUUGUUGACUUUUUCGUUGUCUCAAACACUGAUUAAGAAUUCAACAGAAGUCGAGUGACAGUAUUGUAAUCUGCAGCCGUUGACUGAGAAACGUUUCACGCAGAAUUCGAACACGCACGCAUUUAUACAUUGCAUUUAUACAUUGCAUUUAUGUAACGGUAAAGUGUUUUGUGUCCUGUAGAAAGUUUUAUUUAUUUUAACCGUUCAUUGAAAGAACACUUCCGAAUUAAUAUUGCUGGCUAUUUUAAAAUUUGAUUACAUGAAUAGCAAUCAGUUGUAUGAAAACAGUUUAAUUAGUUUGACGCAGCAAUGGAAAUAUGUUUCAUAUUUCAACAUAAAUCAUUACAAACCAUCCUCUUUAAAAUGUAUUAAAUAUUAAAAAUAUUAAAUUCAUUAACCAUGAUAAUUAUUAAAAACAGUAAUUGCAAAUAAUAUUGUAUCUGAGCUCUGAGGUUAGAAACCUUUGAAAUAAGAGCUUUUAAUGUCAUUUAGAGUCACUGCUGAGUUUUUUUCAAAAUACUGAGUGAUUCAUUUAACUUGUAUGAUAACUCCCUAUGGUAAUGACAUAAUAAUAACAAUUAUGCAGUUAAGAUGAUAACUGAUAGUGGUAGCACAGGAAAUACAGAAAUUAAAAUGCUAAUUAAGACGAGUUAAAAGUUCGAAUUGUUUGUAUAAUGAUCAUAAAAUGCAAUAUUAGGUAUGAAAUACGAUUGCUAAUAACGACCUUGCAUGGCUACGACCUUUUUCACUGUACUGGAAAAUAUGAAGAACCGAGCAAGGUUUCAUAGUUUCGUGUUUGAUAUUUUUCAGUACAGCUUAUUGCAGUCGAUGUUAUUAUAUGACAUAUCCUGUGGGCUUUGUGAAAUAAUUCUGUUAUUUCAGCAGUUAACCAAAUAUCGGUCUUUCAGGUGCGCCAUUUAACUCUGUUUGUCAUAUAAUAAAGAAAGUAUUAACUAUUAAUAACUUGCUAUGGGUAAUUUGAUUGUCGACUUUAUAGAAAUUAUCACCGCAACCUUAGUUAGACAAGAGGGAUCUUUUACGGAAAUGAAUAUACGAAUGUGGGACGACAGUCGUAAACUAAAAAUAUCAUUUAGUUAUUGUGAAAAGAAUUAGUGUGUCGUGUUUUUAGGAAAA